AUGAAAACAACUUUUAAUCAACCUCACCUGUGCUCAAAAAAAAAAAAAAAUCAACCUCACCUUCACAUUUCUCUUUUGAACCAAAUAUAGCAUUCCUUUGAACCAAACAUAUCCUAAAUUUCUCCUCCAUCUCCACCGUUCCAGAGACAGUUAGAGAGUGAAAAGAUGUUCCUUCGGCGCAUCGCGCGGCCGCUCAUGAUGGCGGCCAAGGUGAAGGAGACGACGGGGAUUGUUGGGCUAGAAGUGAUGCCAAAUGCUAAGGAGGUGCUUAUAAAUCUAUACCGAAAAACUCUGGAUGAGAUCAAGUUUGUUCCGGAGGAUGAGGGCUACCGGAAGGCCGUCGAGAGCUUCACACGCCACCGUCUCAGUGUCUGUCUAGAGGAAGAUGACUGGGAAUCGAUCGAGAAGCGACUCGCCUGUGGUCAGGUUGAGGAGCUCGUAGAAGAGGCAAGGGAUGAGCUCAAGCUCAUUGGUUACAUGAAAGAGUGGAAACCGUGGGGCAUUCCAGAUGACCAUGAAUGUGAAGUGGUUGAAAACGAUGCUCCAGUACCCAAACAUGUACCUCUGCACCGCCCCGGUCCUCUUCCUGAGGAGUUCUAUAAAACAAUGGAGGCGGUUAGCACAGGCAGCACAGCCAAGGAGGUUGCGGAUAAGGGUAACACUGCUGCAAUCACAACUGCCGAAUCACAAGAAUCCAAGUAGUAAUUUUUUUUUUUGUUCCAGCAACUGUGUGUGUUGAUUAUUAUGGAGAAAUUUCAAAUUUCUCUGCCCCUCUAUGGGCUUCUGCUCCACGCAUGCAUUAUUCGCAUUGCGUUACUUUUGACAUUGUUUUUAACUGGCUAUUAAAUGCGUGUGACAGAACCUUGUAUCUUAAGCUUUUAACAAUAAUGAGCCUGUUUGGGA